GCUGUUUAAAGCGUAAAAAUUGGUCCAUCGUCGGUUCGCGUAUUUCGUCGUACGACGAUUCGAUAAAUCUAACAUGGUUACAGCUGUUCAGCCAAUGUUUGGUCUAUUAAAACGACUCCAUCUGCAUCCAAUGGAAAAUGCUUUAAAUGAAUUAGGUCCACAAAAUUCCCUUCUUCAAUCAAUCAAGUUUAAAGCUCAACCAUUCUUGUUUCGUAAAACCAAAUCUGAAGAAAUACGACGUGAUCACGACAAUAUGGGUCAGAAAAGACCAUCGCCUUACCUUUCUAAUACAGACCUAAAAGCUGCUAAACGUUCCCGCCGUGUUACAAAAUUGACAGAUACAAGUUUAAGUCUCGUGGGUGUAAACUUUAAACAUAAUUAUGAAAAUUCGAACGCAAGCUAUUCAACUUUAUCUCCUGAGGCACCUCCAUCAAAUCUACCAUUCUUUCCAUCUCCUACUUCAAUCACUUCUCCCAACCUUUCUACAUCUAGUGUUUCAUAUUCGUUACGCAUCCCGAACCCUAGCGAAACUCCAAUAAUUUCUCAUUCAAAAUAUCUAUGUUCCCAAAAUUCCUCACAACCAGCUUAUCAGUAUCGAUCUCAUGUUACUUCUGUGGUUAAAACUAAUCCUGCAGAUUGUCAAACACGUGUUUUUACACGUAAAACUGAAUCAGUGUCUGAUGAGAAUCGUCUUGUAACUGGAGAGGAAACACUCACUGCUCCCAUUUGUACAAAGGAUCCCCUCCAUUUGAGUAGAACAAUUAGCCAUCCUAGUGGACAGAAUCCCAUAGAUAUUCAAAACUUGAGUCGCCCACGCAAUACUCGAAAAUUGUCUCCCGUCUCUUCAAUAUCCAAAAGACCUGGUACUUCAAAUGACAAGUAUGAUGCUAAAUUAAAAAAUAAAGAUAAAGUGAUGAAUGAGUGUAAAGAGCCAUCAAAGCGUCGAAAAUCUAUUGAUCAGCUUGUUGAACCAUCGAUUCAUGGAUUACCAGACCCUGAAAUUUCCACUAAACCUCGUACACGAAAACCGACUCAAUUUUUACAACUUAAUACACAAACUACCGAAUCUUCGUGUAAUGAUCGAAAGUCUACCUAUCUUACUACUCAAUCAUAUUAUUAUAUGCCAGAUUUUACUAACCGUCAUCUCCGAAGUCCAGAAACUGUUCAUGCAACCGAGUCAAGAGGUAUACCAAGUGUGUCCGAUUCAGCAGUUCUUAUUGAAGUUCCUAGUUGGCGUAUUCUACCUAUCCCAGGUGCGGAUAAUUAUCUGGAUAAUUCUUGUGCAGAAAAACAUUCCAAAACAUGCUCCACAAAAUCUCAAGCCAGAAAGAAAUUGACAGAUAUGAGCUCUCAGAAAUCACAUAAUCUCCGCGCUUUACGAUCCAAUUUACAAAGUACUAACUCUGUACAGUCAACUAAAAAUGAUUCAACUUCAGAAGUUAGAUCAAAACACAGAUCUGGAUCGUGUCAGACACAAAAAGAACGUUCCCAAAUUGCAGAGCCCAUUAAAUCAGUUAAUGUUUUAGAUGAAAACCUAUCAGAUGCAGUAUUCCUUGCUCGCCAUUCACGUUUAGAAAUUGAGGAAGUUCGUCAUGAACGCUUAUCUCGUCAGCGUACUGCAGAACAGGAACUAAAACAACGUUUGGAAGAAAGAGAUCAAGCUAGUUGGCACAAGAGACAACCUGGUCGUUUGGAUCCACUUCUGAAGUAUAAACCAGCUAAUCGGAUGCCAACUCAGUUAAACUAUGCAUUGAAACAAGGUUGUCAAUUCCAUGUAGACAACUCCAUACCGGUGGUCGUAUUUGGUUGUCGCGUGCCAAUAGCUUCACUAAAACCAUUCACAAAGUUCAGCAUUCAAUGAAUAUUCACAUGAAAAACUGUCAGUUGUUUCACAGUUUGUUGUUGUACAGUCUUUCGUUUUUUUUUUGAUUUUGUUGACGCUUUUUCAUACUGUAUAUAUUCUAUUUGUUUUUGCCAUAACUAUUGUAUUCUGAUUAAUAUAUAGAGUUCCAGUGAUGAUGAUGAUGAUGAUGUAUCUAUCUUUUCAUAUGGUUGUCAUUUGACUAAGUGAUUUAGUGCCUAUGUCAUAUUUUACCCUCUUCAUUAAAUACAUCUGCGCACACACACCGCGUUAUCCCUGCUUCUCCAUAUACUUUGACAUAUUUUUUUUCUUCUCCUUGUCCAUUUCACAUUCAUCCUUCUGAUUCCAUGAACUGGCGUUAUUAUUAUUAUGAUGAUGAUGAUUAAUUAUUUUUAUGAUUCACAUCCAACCAACUCAUUCAUAUUAUCGAUUUUCAAAGAAAUUCACAUUUUUUCUAAAACACAAAAUACUACUUUAUUAUCGUUAUUAUUAUUAUUAUUAUUUUCUCAAAUUUACAAAUCACGUUUAUUGUAUGUCAUUCAUCUAUUGUUAUAAUUGUUCAUUAAUUAACCAACAAAUAAUUGAAAUACAAUGUCACUUUUUAACAAUAGCAACAACAACAACGUAUGUUUUGAUGUGUCGUCCGUCACAUAACAAUGUGAAGAAACUCGGUGAACAAAAUUUCACAUCACAUCAAAUUUUGUUUUGUUCUGUUUUUUUAUGCAUGCAGUUCGUUUCUGGAAAAAAAAGAAAAAAAGAUUUGUAUUUUACAAUUCUGGUGUUCAUCAUGUUCAGUAAUGCAUCAUCUAUCACUAGCUGUUAUCCAUUGAUUCAGUUUUCAUUUUAUGAUAAUAAAUGAGUAUUCACUGUUCAGUAAAACAAAAAAGUAUUUGAUGCUGA